GCGGGUUCCGGACCGCGCGGCGGUUGGCGGCAGGCGGCACCGGCUGGAGGCUUGAGGGCCUGACGGAGGAAAGGAGCAGCCUCACCCCUGACUGUGUGAGGCAGGGCGAAGCCUCCUCCAGAGAGCCCCGAGAGCACAGCCUGUCCUUCGGCCGCCACCUCCGCCCAGCCAGCUGUGGCCUGGCAUCUGCUCUGUACCAGGCGUCCAGCUGCCGAGCAGAGCCAUGAGCGUGCAGCCCUGCCGCGGGGGCCGGUAGCCCCCAGCAGGCCUUUGUGUGUGACUCCAUCUGUGCUUGGGCCCUGCGGCGACCCGUGUGACCCAGGCGGCCGCCAUGACGAAGCUGCUGGUGGCAAAGGUUCUGUGCAUGGUGGGCGUGUUCGUGUUCAUGCUGCUGGGCGCGCUGCUGCCGGUGAAGGUCAUCGAGGCCGACUUCGAGAAGGCGCACCGCUCCAAGAAAGUGCUCUCCCUGUGCAACGCCUUCGGGGGCGGCGUCUUCCUGGCCACCUGCUUUAAUGCCCUGCUGCCGGCGGUGAGGGACAAGCUGCAGCAGGUGCUGGCGCUGGGCCACAUCAGCACGGACUACCCGCUGGCCGAGACGCUCAUGAUGGUGGGCUUCUUCCUCACGGUGUUCGUGGAGCAGCUGGUGCUGACCUUCCGCCGGGAGCGCCCGCCCUUCAUCGACCUGGAGACCUUCAACGCAGGCUCGGACGCGGGCAGCGACUCGGAGUACGAGAGCCCUUUCGUGGGCAUGGGCGGCCGAGGCCUGUACCCUGAGCCCACGGCUCACACGCACAGUGCAGGGCUGCGGCUGCGGGAGCUGGGGCGCCCGGGGCCUCUGCGGCUGCUCAGCCUGGUCUUCGCCCUGUCGGCACACUCGGUGUUCGAGGGCCUGGCGCUGGGGCUGCAGGAGGAGGGCGAGCGUGUGGUCAGCCUAUUUGUAGGCGUGGCCGUCCACGAGACCCUGGUGGCCGUGGCCCUGGGCAUCAGCAUGGCCCGAAGCGCAGUGCCCCUGAGGGACGCGGCCAAGCUGGUGGUGACCGUGAGUGCCAUGAUCCCGGUGGGCAUCGGGCUGGGGCUGGGCAUCGAGAGCGCCCGCAGUGUGGCCAGCAGCGUGGCCUCGGCGCUGCUGCAGGGCCUGGCCGGUGGCACCUUCCUGUUCGUCACCUUCCUGGAGAUCCUGGCCAAGGAGCUGGAGGAGAGGAGCGAGCAGCUGCUCAAGGUGCUCUUCCUGGUGCUGGGCUACGCCGUCCUGGCCAGCAUGGUCUUCCUCAAGUGGUGAGCCCUGGAUGCCCGCAGGACACAGACCACAACCCUCGCCAGCCGCGCUCAAGGGCCAGAGGUCACGCAGAGGGGCCUCCUGGGCUGGCCACUGCCUGCGCCCUCCGCAGGCGCCAGGCCCUAUAGACACUGCUUUUAAAACCGUCGUAAAAGUUCUUUACCAAAGCUA